UUUCACUUGGUCUGCCGAUACUUCAUGGCUGCAGCAAGGCUACUUGCGAGGGCAGCGCAGUCAUGCCGUACAAUCGUUUCUCCCAAAAGCCUAGCUCCUUUGUUUCUUCCUUCCCGCGGACAACGCAUACGACCCCGUCAUCGGUCUUUUUUGGGCUACCCUCCUCCACAUGCAUCAGAAGGUCACUGGCCAAGAUUGUUGCCUCAAAAUCCUGAAUCAUUUUCAGCAUGUCCAGCUUUCUUGGCCUGUUUAUUUGGAGCUGGACUAGUGGAUGUAGCCUAUGCAGAUGCUGACGAGGUAGCUGCCACUCCAUUGCCAUCAGAGUCUCCUUCAAGUUAUAUGGAUUUGGAGGAGUUGGCCAGGAAGGAAAGGCUUAGAUUAGAGGGGUUGCUCAGAAGUAAAGGAAUGCAAUAUGGUUCUUAUCCCAAGUUCAUUGUUGCUGUUAAGGGCCAAAAGGUUACAAUCAAAUUUGAAAUACCUCCUACAUGUGAAGUUCCUCACCUAAUUGCCAACCUCGUUUCACAUUUUGGACUGAAACAUGAGGAGCAUGGUGCUGGUUCAGAAAUGGUACUGUGCUCUUGGGACAGUGCAGUUGCUUGGCAACUAACUCUUAGAAAUCCAGAAAACCAGAAGGGUAGUGGAGGAGAUCAGUGCACAUAUGGAGAUCUAUGCAUCCUUAUUUCCCGUUCACUAAUCAGCUCUGAUAAAGCAGAAAUUGAAUUCAUAAGGCAGGGGAGCUUUAGUCCUAAGGAGCUUGAUGCAUUGGUGUCUGUGCUACAAUUAGCUGGUGGAAAAAUGAGACAAAACAAAACCUUGGAAAGAAAACAAGAGGGUGAUACUCCAGCAAUGCAGUCUACAGAAAAAUCGGUUUCUAGUCUAGAGGCCUUAGGUGUGAGAGUUUUUGGACUUGAUGGACCCCACAUUGGUUACUCUAACAGUGAGAUAUCAUGGGACAAUGUUGCUGGUUAUGAUAGGCAAAAGCGAGAAAUCGAGGAUACAAUAUUGCUGGCUUUACAUAGUCCUGAAGUAUAUGAUGAUAUUGCUCAUGGGACACGGUGCAAGUUUGAGUCAAACAGGCCCCGAGCUGUGCUUUUUGAAGGUCCUCCAGGUACAGGGAAGACAUCUUGUGCUCGAGUUAUUGCUAAUCAAGCGGGUGUUCCUUUGCUCUAUGUGCCGCUGGAGGUUGUUAUGUCAAAGUACUAUGGUGAAAGUGAACGCUUGCUAGGGAAAGUGUUUUUUCUUGCCAAUGAGCUCCCUAAUGGUGCAAUUGUUUUCCUAGAUGAGGUUGAUUCUUUUGCUGUUGCUCGAGAUAAUGAGAUGCAUGAAGCUACACGGAGAAUUUUAUCAGUUUUACUGCGACAGAUUGAUGGAUUUGAGCAGGAUAAGAAAGUGGUUGUAAUUGCUGCAACAAAUAGAAAGCAAGACCUUGAUCCUGCUUUGAUGAGUCGAUUUGAUUCAGUGAUUCCCUUCGGGCUGCCUGAUCAGCAGAGUCGUGAAGAAAUAGUGGCUCAGUAUGCAAAGCAAUUAACAAAAUCAGACUUGGUUGAAUUUGCUCGAGCCACUGAAGGAAUGUCUGGGAGAGAUAUCCGGGACAUAUGCCAACAAGCAGAGAGGUACUGGGCAUCGAAGAUAAUUCGAGGCCAUGCUCCCAAAGAUUCAGAAAAAGUGUGCCUUCCACCUCUCUCUGAAUACAUUGAGAGUGCUAUGAAUCGACGAAAGGCUUUGCUUAGUAUUCAAGAUGAGAAAUUCCAAAAUUCCAACCGUAGCAUGAAUAAAUCACAGCUUGAUUUUUGCUGAUUAAGUUGGAGGAGCUAAUUUGGUCGAAUGAGUACAUGGUCACAUUUUUGGAAAUGGAUCCUUCUGAGUAGUGCUACCUUCAGAGACGAGAGUUCCUUAAAUUCAAACCACCAACCAUUUUACAUUUUACUGGUGCCACUGUAUUGUGCAUUGUUUUUCAACUCCACAGAAUUUUACAGAACAAUAAUUCUAGAACCAGGGUUUGACUGGUGUCACAUUGUUUGUAAUAUUGCACGUGAUAUUAGCAUCGAAGGUUCAAGCAGUGAGCCAAACGAAAAAAUCAAUCACAUUGCCUUGAGCCUUCCAUCCAACUUUGCUGCUUGCUCAUUCUGAAUCCAAGUCCCAAUAGGAUUUAAGUGCAACAGUAAAUAGUCUCUUGCUUCUUUUACAUGACUGACCAUUUUACUGGAGUAUGUUUUUCUUAUUUAUUUAUUUAUUUAUUUCAGAUUAUCAGCGAGAAA